AUGACUGUGGUACCCAGGUUGUCAUAUUUGUACUGUUCCUCCACUCUAAUCCCAGGCUUCAACCCACAUCAGGACAAUGUGUCACCCAUCAAGGACAGUGAUUGGCUUUUGGUCUGGAGUGUCAUCUUGUUGGCACACAGAGUGCACGGCUGCCCUGACAAAUGCCUCUGCUACACAGCCUCAAAGACUGCAGACUGCAAGAACAGAGGACUCACUGAAAUUCCUGCCCGUUUACCUCCUGAAAUUCAGAUACUGCAGCUGCAGAACAACCGUAUCUGGAGAAUCAACCAAAAUGCAUUCACUGCAACGCCGUUACUCAAAAUCUUAGACUUGUCUAAUAAUUCUCUCUCAAGUGUGGCACCUGGUGCUUUCCAAAAACUAAGGUAUCUACAGGUUUUAAACCUAACCAGAAAUAUGAUUCAUUAUAUAGAAAACAAGACUUUCAGUUUCCUCCCACGCCUAAAAGAACUGGACUUGUCAUCCAACAGCAUUAUUCGAUUGCCUGAGAGUUUUGGAAACAGCACAGGGAAUAUAACAUUGCUGUCUGUGAAGCAUAACAAACUUCAGAAAAUGGAAAGAAUUCUCCUGGAGUCACUUCCAAACCUGAAAGUGAUUCUCUUCAAAGAUAAUCCCUGGCAAUGCAAUUGUAAUAUCUUUGGCCUGAAACUGUGGCUGGAGAGUUUUCUAUACAGAGGAGGAAUCAGCGACGGCAUUAUCUGCUCGGCGCCGGGGAUCCGGAAGGGCAGGGAGCUGCUCAGGGUUCCCUACGAGCUGUUUGGGGCCUGCUCGCUGAGGCCAGCCCCGGUGCCCCCGGCCAGCAGCCACCACCACCAUCACCACCACCACGAGCACCGCGGCGCCGCCAAGCUCGGCCCCCACGAGCCGGCCGACGGCCGCGCCGGCUGCGAGCCCAAGGCCAAGGCCAGGCCGGUCAGCCUGCGCCACGCCAUCGCCACCGUGGUCAUCACCGGCGUGGUGUGCGGCAUCGUCUGCCUGAUGAUGCUGGCGGCCGCCGUCUACGGCUGCGCCUACGCCGCCAUCACGGCCAAGGGCCACAGGCAGCAGCUGGGCCCGGGCCGGCAGCACGGGGCGCAGGAGAGAAAAGAGCUGCUGGAGAGCUCCCUGCCUUGA